UCAGGAAUUCGUCGAAGCGAAAUGGCGCAGAAACCGAAAAUGAACUGCAACGUCGAGUGGGGAAAGACUAGAGAGCGAGAGACUGGUAGGACAAAGGGGAGAGGGUGAUCAGUAAAGCGGGUGAAAAGGUAUAGAGGUUAAACCAUUGCGAAUAUUCUUGGAAUGAUUUGCUUGAAUGGCUCUGGGUGUUUCACAGACAAAUGCAAUCGGGUGACACAGAAUUUUCCCCUCUCUCUCUCUCUCUCCCUCUCUCUCUCUCUUUCACACACACACACGCAAAGGGAUGGUGGAUGCUUCUGACUCGAUGGCUAAGACAAGGUGGGAUAAUCAUGAGUGUCUGGCCCCGGGCGUUGAUGCAGCUGCCAUUGCCUGGUCUUUACUGGACUGAGGCUAGGAUUGUUCCGGUUCCGACUGGAUCUACAUCUCUAUUCGGCUUGACGUCGAUGUUAUCAAGCUAUUUACAUGUAAGAAGACAACGACUGAUGUAGCCUAAAACGCGCAACCGCAAUUAUUUAAAAAAAAUCUGAAUGGAGUAAUUACAUGCUCCUAUCGAUGGAGGAGGAUCUUAUUUAUGAUAACUAAUAAACUGCUGUCUUGGAGGAAGGGGGGCAGUAGCCAGGGACAUCCCCGUGAGACGACCGGCUCACCCUUUCUCCUGUUUGCUACGAUUUUUUGAACGAGAUCGGUACGUAGGCUGCAGUGAAAAUAACAUAAUUGCAUUAGUAAUCAGGCUAGGACACCCUCUCCAACAGCACCCUAAUUUCGCCGUUCCCGGCGCAGCAACCGCGGCACCGAACGCAAACCCGUCCACGACCCGGUCUGCGCCAUCAAAUCGACGCAUUACUGGAUGGGGAGUAGCAUAGACUGUGAAGACCGUGAGUGCGUGUGUCAAAAGGGGGACAGAGGGAGACCGGGCCAGCUCAUCCCCCCUGCACCGGUUAAUUGCGCUCCAAUCUGGCAAGUUUGAAGGGACGGAGUGUCCGGUGCAGUAAGAGCGCCUCAAUGACCGUAUCCUCCCCGGACAGGUAGAGAAGGCUAGAGAACGGCGGCGAGUUUGGAAGUUUUGAUGCAUAUGAUCACAACCACCAUGAUUUUUAUGAUUCUUGGCGCUUCAGUUGUAAUGGCGAUAGCCUGUUUAAUGGACAUGAACGCACUACUGGAUCGCUUUCACAACUACAUUUUACCGCAUCUACGAGGGGAAGACCGCGUCUGUCAUUGCAACUGUGGAAGGCAUCAUGUCCACUAUGUGAUCCCGUACGAUGGGGACCAUUCUCUGGUGGACUCGUCGGAGAACUACUUUGUGAGUGACAGCGUGACCAAGCAGGAGAUGGACCUGAUGCUGGGGCUGCUGCUGGGCUUCUGUAUCAGCUGGCUCCUGCUGUGGCUGGAUGGAGUGCUGCACUGUGCUGUCAGGGCAUGGAGGGCCAGCCGCUACUAUGACACCCCUUCCUGGUCAUGGCUCCCCUCAUUCUGCAACCUUCGAGACCUGCGUCGACGCUCCCAGCUCAGACAGCUGGAGGACUCCAGUGGCAACAUGGUCCACAUCAAGCAGAAGCUCUACCAUAAUGGCCACCCCAGCCCACGCCACCUCUGAAACAAGAAUCCCCCCUCCAGCCCCUCAAACUGCCCCAAGGCCAACUGCUGCCUCAGAGACACUGGAAUACUGCCCUCCGACUGUUCAUAACACACCUGGCCUGAGACUUUCUUACGAUGACCCUGACACAAGUCAGCACCAACCAAUCCAAACUCAAGCAGAAGAAGAAGAUAGUCGCCACUCAAAUCUUGUCUAUGUCCACCAUUGCGGGAGGAAGGAAAAACAACCAUUUUUAAGGGUGCUUUCUGUAUAGAGACAUUUUCUGUGUUCAUUGUUGAAACUUGGCAUGAUCUUUUAGAACAGGGUACGAUGCGAAG